UGAGUUGUGGGGCAUAAGAACGGGUUAUACAGCUGGCAAGGGAAAGGAAGCCGUGCCAAGCAGUUGAUUCAUCGACGAUUUCCCCAAAUCUCUGUCGCCUUUUCCCCAAAUUUAUCUGCUCUUUUAUCGAUCUAAAUCCUAUAAUCUUCUGUUGACAUAUCAAACUAGGGUUUCACACUCAAUUGUUUCGAUCACCUUUCACUACUGCUCGCCAUGGCUCAAGAGUAUGAUUACCUUUUUAAGCUUUUGCUUAUCGGAGAUUCUGGAGUUGGAAAAUCGUGCCUUUUGCUCAGAUUUGCGGAUGAUUCUUACGUUGAAAGCUACAUCAGCACUAUAGGAGUUGAUUUUAAAAUUCGUACAGUUGAACAAGAAGGAAAGAGCAUCAAGCUUCAAAUUUGGGAUACUGCGGGACAAGAGCGUUUCCGAACUAUUACAAGUAGUUACUACCGUGGUGCUCAUGGAAUUAUAAUUGUAUAUGAUGUAACGGAUCAACAAAGCUUUGAAAAUGUCAAGCAGUGGCUGAAUGAGAUUGAUCGCUAUGCAAGUGAUAAUGUUGUCAAAAUUUUGGUCGGAAACAAAUGUGAUUUAACCUCCAACAAGGUUGUUUCUUAUGAAACCGCAAAGGCAUUUGCGGAUGAGAUUGGGAUCCCAUUCUUGGAAACAAGUGCUAAGAAUUCAACAAAUGUAGAAGAAGCAUUCAUGACCAUGGCAGCAGAGAUCAAAAAAAGAGUGGCAAGUCAGCCGGCAAUGAAUGCUACCAAACCCACAACGGUACCAAUCCGCGGGCAGCCUGUGGGCCAGAAGUCCAACUGUUGUUCGUGAUUUACGCGUCAUUCUUUAAUUCUAAUGAGGGAUGCCAUGGAGCAAACCGCACAGUAAAGAAAAUGAUGCUUGGGGUAUGUUGUCUGCAUCAGCGUUUCGAAAUUGUUUAUAUUACUCUAUGUAAUUGCCUGCAUGAUAAAAUUGUUCAUGUCAAACUCGUAGCUUGUUAUACUAAACUUUGCAGCAGAAGACCAUAUGGAACUUUUUUAAUUUGCUUUUAGAUAGGGUUGGUUUAAUAUGUUAAUUAAUGAUUUGUUUUCACUCUUCACUCUCC